UGAUUGGAAAGCUGGCCAUAUCCGGUGCCUUAAACAUUGUGUGGAUUUACACCCCAGAGGCAUACCCUACAUUUCUCAGGGCAUACGCAACUGGAACUGGCUCUGCUGUGGCAAGGAUCGGAUCAGCAAUUGCUCCAUAUGUACUUCUUCUCGGAGGUGCGACCAAUAAGAGUGUUCCAAUGAUAUUGUUUGGUGCUGUGUCCGCUUUAGCUUGUGGGGCUACACUUUGGCUACCAGAAACACGUGAUAGUGAUCUGUUAGAAACGAUAGACGAUGCAGAAACGCUAAACUCGCAACAGUACAGAAAGAUGCACUUCAGAGGAUGCUGCAAAAGAACCACAACUCAAUCAAAACCGUUGUAAAUAUUCACAAAUAAAAAAAAAUGCACAACAGAGUAAACCUAGUGUAAUACAUAGCCAUUGGUAAGUAAAACAGCACAUCAAAAAUCUAGAAAAAUCCAAGCAGUGAAAUACCUUAAAAUCACCAUUUAUACCCCCUGGGGAAUUUUUGUAAGAGGUUACUAUGAUAAGCAGUAAUAACUUCUGAUGUAUAACUCCAAUCACAAUAAAAUCUUCAGGGAUCAUACACCUAUAUAUAGUUAGUUGCAGUCACAGCAAGUAUGAUAUUAAUUGGUC